AAUUGCAUAUAAGUUUAAUCCUUCUCCACAAAAUCAUAGCUUGAAAUUGGAAAGCUUACAAAUCUUUUGCCUUGCAACUUGCAAGCAAAAGAAAGUAUGGAUGCGCAAGAACCCAGUCUCAAAUCGCCAUUAAUCUCUCAAGAGGAAACACUAGAAGAAUCAAGACACAGAUUCACCAAAAAUGAGAUUCUCGAGGAGGUGAACAAGCUGCUCAUAUUAGCCGGACCUCUUAUAUCAGCUAGUUUCUUCACCUUUCUUUUACAGACCAUUUCGGUCAUGUUUGUGGGUCAUCUCGGAGAGUUAGCUCUUUCCGGUGCUUCUAUGGCCACUUCCUUUGCUUCUAUGACUGGCUUCAGCAUUUUGAGAGGAACAGGAAGUGCAUUAGAAACAUUCUGCGGUCAAGCUUAUGGAGCAAAGCAAUAUCACAUGCUUGGAAUACACUUGCAGAGGGCAGUGAUAGUUCUUUUACUCGUCAGCGUACUUCUUGCAUUUGUAUGGGCGAAUGCCGGCGAGAUUCUUCUGUUCUUCAGGCAAGAUCCAGAGAUAGCACAUGAGGCUGGACAAUAUGCUCGUUAUAUGAUCCCUAGCAUUUUUGGUUUUGCAAUCCAGGACUGUCUUAUCAGAUUCUUGCAGACCCAGAACAAUGUAAUUCCUAUGAUGAUUAUCUCAGGAAAUACAACUUUAUUACACAUUUUCAUCUGUUGGGUUCUAGUUUUCAAGUCAGGACUUGGAAAUAAAGGUGCUGCAAUGGCCAAUGCGAUCUCUUAUUGGGUAAAUGCAAUCUCACUGAUGCUUUAUGUGAAGAAAUCUCCAACCUGCAAGGAGACUUGGGCUGGUUUUUCCAAGGAGGCCCUGCAUGGGAUUCCCAAAUUCCUGAUGCUAGCAAUUCCUUCAGCUGCAAUGCUCAGCUUAGAGAUCUGGUCAUUCGAGAUGAUGGUUCUGUUAUCUGGUCUCCUUCCUAAUCCAAAACUUGAAACCUCAGCCCUAUCCAUCAGCCUUAACACAAGUGCAAUGCUUUACAUGAUACCCCUUGGACUCAGUGCAGCUACGAGUACAAGAGUAUCAAAUGAACUGGGUGCCGGUCGGCCGCAAGCAGCUUCUCUGACAGUGUGCGUUGCGACAUUCCUGGUUGCCACAGAGGGCAUUUUUGUAGCCUUGAGUUUGAUUCUGGGUCACAAUGUAUGGGGAUAUUUGUAUAGCAGAGAAGAAAGAGUAGUAAAAUAUGUAGGAAAAAUGCUCAUAUUUAUUGGAGCUUCCCACUUCUUUGAUGGCAUCCAAUCUGUUCUUUCAGGCACAGCUAGAGGAUGUGGAUGGCAGAAGCUUGGAGCUGUAAUUAACUUGGGAGCUUACUAUCUUGUAGGCCUUCCUUGUUCUAUUGUAUUAGCUUUUGUCUACCACCUUGGAGGGAUGGGUUUUUGUAUAGGAUUUAUUGUAGGACUUGCGGUUCAUGGACUAGGCCUGUUGGCAGUAACUAUGAGCACCAACUGGAAAAAUGAAUCCAUGAAGGCUAGAGAUAGGGCUUACGACAGCACUGCGAUUCCUAAAGAUCCACUGGCGUAAAUGAUGCGUAACAAGAUUAAGGAUUGAAUGUGAAUUUGGAUUCCUGAAGACAGCGUCUCAAGUUGCUCGACUUUGAAGAGGAAUUAUUAUUUUCAAUAUUAUUAUACCUUCUAAAAAAAUUCUCUAUUUUCAUGAAA